AGUGAAUUCCAAAUUGUAUCGAUUCAUCAGAGUUCUUUGGACGAACAUACAACUGUCAGGGACUUAUUUGCCCUUAAAGCAAGUGAGACAGCAAUGAAUGACUUUCAAUUCAACAUCUUGAUUGUUUCUAAUCAAUUAGAAUAUUGUAAAAACCUACCAAUAUUUUAAUUUUUUGGCUGUUUUGAAGAUGGAAAUGGUCGCCUCUUGGCCCUUUUCUUUGCUAAAGAAAGUUGCAUUUCUUUUUCUGCACCCACAAGCAAAACCGCUGAACCACUCAACUCUCUUCGGUUUUUCAGAUUACAAAGGUGGAAGAGCAUAGACACCAUUUAGCUUCUCUUCUAUCUCAACAAAAAGCUAAGUUUAGAUGGAUGAAAGGAGAGUGAAUAUAAUCGCUGCUAUAUCAGUGAUUACACUGAUUAUUCUCAUAGUUGUUGCUCGUGUCACGUUGAAGCUCUCAAAGGCCUUUUUCCUGAUUUUUGGUGCUGGUGUUGCUGUGAUUCUUGCAGUCUUCGCUUAUGUACUUGUGAGCAUAAGUUACAACCGCAGAAGGAGGCUAUUGGAGUCACAGUUUAAAUCCGAAAGCCAAGAACUUCGAAUAGAGUACAGUUUCUUAAGGAAAGUUGCAGGGGUUCCUAUGAAGUUCAGAUACAAGGAGCUUGAGGAAGCCACUGAUGGGUUUCAAGCACUGAUAGGAAAAGGUGCAUCUGCUUCAGUCUUCAAAGGAAUUCUCAACGAUGGAACUUCGGUCGCUGUGAAACGAAUCGAUGCAGAGGAAAGAGGGGAGAAGGAGUUCAGAUCAGAAGUUGCAGCCAUAGCUAGUGUGCAUCAUGUGAACCUUGUGAGGCUAUUGGGCUAUUGCAAUGCUCCUACAGCACCAAGGUACCUUGUUUAUGAAUAUGUCUCGAAUGGGUCUUUGGAUUGGUGGAUUUUUUCCAAAAGGGUAUCUCAGAGGCGCCGUGGAGGGUGCUUGUCAUGGAAUUUGAGGUACAAUGUUGCUAUUGAUGUUGCCAAGGGACUUGCUUAUCUUCACCAUGAUUGCAGGUCAAGGAUCUUGCACCUUGAUGUGAAGCCAGAGAAUAUACUUUUGGAUGAGAAUUUUAGAGCACUUGUUUCGGAUUUUGGUCUAGCAAAGCUAAUUGGUAAGGAAGAGAGCCACAAGGAAGUGUCUGCUAUUAGAGGAACAAGAGGGUACUUGGCUCCUGAGUGGCUCUUAGAGAAGGGUAUUUCGGACAAGACUGAUAUAUAUAGUUAUGGGAUGGUUCUCUUGGAGAUUGUUGGAGGAAGGAAAAACGUGUGCUCGGUGGAAAUUGAUGAAAGGGCCAAUAAGUCCAAGAGAAAAUGGCAGUAUUUUCCUAAGAUUGUGAAUGAGAAAGUGAGGGAAGGGAAAUUGAUGGAAAUUGUUGAUCCUAGGUUGUUGGAAUGUGGGGGUGUUGUUGAUGAGACGCAAGUUAGGACAUUGGUUUAUGUUGCUUUGUGGUGUGUGCAAGAGAAGCCACGAUUGAGGCCUAGCAUGCCUCAAGUUGUUGAUAUGCUUGAAGGGCGUGUAAGGGUGGAGAUGCCACCUGAUACCAGAAUGGUUGUUGUUGAUUUUCUAUGUGUGGAUGAAGAAAGUGCAACUGAUAGUAAUAGCAUGCCAAGGUUGGACUUUGUGUCGAAUCAAAGAACACAAAGCAAUGUGGAGUCUUCUUCUACCUACUCGUUUGCUACCACCAUUAUGUCAGGAAGAUAGAGAUAGCAAAAUUGAGUAUUUGUUUCUACUAGAAAUUUCAUGACAUUUUUUCAUUACAUUGUUUUUUUUUUCUUUUCUUUAUUCUCUUAAUGCAUUUUAUUUUAUAUUUCUCUGUUAUUGUAAAAAGAAGUGUUACAAGAAUUUUAAGCAGGAACAGCAUUACUGUUUAUAAUUUAUUUGAUUCCCCUGAUGUUAUUUCCAUUCUGGCUCAUAUGAUUACUUGUUUCUUUCGAAUGUGUAAGCUGAAAUGUACUUUGAUAAGUAAAUUGUAUUAUUUGAUCA